AUGCUAACGUUCUGCUCCCUGUUGUUUCCAACCGUGGGCUCUGUGAGCUAGUUUGAACCCCACUGCAGUUACUCCAAGCAAGAGUUGUAGUUGCUGCUGCUGCUUUUAAAACACACUCACAGUGUCAGUCCUACCAGACACUGGGAGCUGGAGCUGUUCAUAACCUGGGAGCUGGUCAUAACCUACCUUUUUGCCGGCUUUAAACUACUGACUCUUUAAGCUACCGACUUCAACAGCAGAGCGACUAAAACACAACGGAUAGAACGUUCGGACCACGACGGUUGGUCACGUGCCGAAUCUUGCCGACCAACCGUUCCGAGAGGAUUCUUUUUUCGUGCGCGAGAAAGAGGAGGAGUCUAAUCUGUGAGCGAGCGAGCGAACCAACGGGUAGAAGCAGUCGGUUGAGUCCUCCGCGACGCGACGCGACUACUCAGUUUGUUGUGGCACAAAGCUCAAAGCCUAGUUUUUAUCCUGUGAAUGCUGCUGAAACCGGUGUACUGAAACCACCAGACCACAAACGGGUUGUAAAACUUGCACAAAAGCGUCCUGGAAGAUUUCGACAGCAGCAGCAGAAGGAGGAAGAGGAGGAGUAGUGAGACAGUCUGCAACAGACCCGAGACUACUGAUAAUCGCGGGAACGUAUCGCUUGGCAACGCGAAGAGUCGGUUGUCGAAGAAUUCCGUGGUAAAUCCAUGACCAAGGACCUUUCGGGUUGAAGGCAGCAAUGGAAGUUGUUGUGACAGAGGAGAAGAAGAAAAUUUUCCGUGCUAGGAAAACCAUGAAGAUCAGUGAUCGACAGCAACUGGAGAAUCUUCACAGCACAUUGUUGACAGCAGCUCCAGGUAUGGGCGACGCAUCUUCGCCACCUCUGAUGAAUGGCACGCACAAGGAGGAUGGACCAAAAGCGGGGGACAAAGAGCAAAACAACAUCUCGGACUCAAACUCCCCCCAAGCUGCAUCCCCUACUUCUCCUACUCCUUUCCUGUCCCUAAAUCUGUCCCCUUCCCCGGCCUCCUCACAAAGUCAAGAAGGGAAGGAAGAAAAUCCUUCUUCUCCCACAUCACCAUUCCACUCUCUAAACUUUGAACUGAAAAAGAUGGAGGAGAAGGAGGAGGAGGAAGAAGAGGAGGAGGAGGAGAAGAAGGGGAAGAAGGAGAAGACAGGUUCAUCGUUGUCCUCGUCAAAGGAGUCUGUUACACCAGCGUCAACAGAAGCCAAGGAAAACCACGAAAAAGACACUGAGGUGACCCCAGAGACGGAAAAGAAAGAGGAGGACAAGACUACGACAGAGGACCCAGCUGUGGAUUUGUCGAAGGGUUCUUUAAAAGGUUUGGCUCCAUGUUCACCUGUACCAGCUCCGGUAUCUGACUCCACAGAACCUAUGGAUACAGAUAGUGAAACUACAAAGGCCAAGGACCCUGAGGCCUCCACAGCCAAAAUAAAAGAUGAAAAGCCUUCGUGCCCCAAAUCUACCACUUCCGAUUCCUCUCUUCCUUCUCCUUCCUUGUCUCAUCCAGCUUCCUCUUCUAAAGAUGUAAAACAAGAAAAGGAAAUCAAAGAGGAGGUCGUAAAAGAAGAGGAGGGUAAAAAAGAGGGUGUGAAGAAAGGAUCAAUAAAUGAGGAAAAGAUGGAGGUGGAGUCGAUCAAAAAGGAAAAAACUGAAGUUGGACAAACAAAGAAGCCAUCUCGGCCAUCUUCCACUCCGCCAUCUAAUACAGGAGUGCAAGAGGAGAAGAGCUCCACCUCGGGACUGAAGCGCACUUUAUCAGAGGGUUUCGAAAAGGACGGACAAACCAUAAAGAGAGAGGGGAAGAGGCCCAAGGUGGAGCGCCAGGAGUUGGAGGCACAACUGGAACUGAAAUUUACUGCAAAAGCUGGCAGUCACCAUAAGCUUGAAAAGAUUGUACAACAGCUAGUAGAUGAACGGUUGAGGGUCCUGGAGCUGACCAUGUUUGAAAAACAUUUCCAAGAGCUGAAGGACAGAGUAGACAAGAUCGACUGUGCCACUAAACACCAAACCUCCAUUUCCACACUCCAAGCCAAGAUAAACCGACUAACAAAAAAGUUUGGAGAGGCCAAUCAGGCGUCAGAGAACAAAAGGAAACAGGAGGCGCUUGCUGCUGCUACUGCUGCUGCUACUGCUGCUGCUGCCGCCUCCAAGACUGCGACUGCUGCAAACAGCCCCAUAACAGUUCGGCCAGUCCGUACUUCCAUGGAGCUAAAGCAGAUUCCGACAACUGUUUCUUCGUCCGGCAUGGUUGCAAAUGCACCCCCGCUAGGUCCGCCAGCUACCGUCACAGCUCUGGCCCAUACACCCACCUCCUCUGCCAUGGUUUCACAUGCCCCCAUCCUCCAGCUGAUCACCACCACCACCACUAAUGCUGGCUCCACCUUGGCCGGUGGCAUCACCACCCAGAGUCACACAGGCACCCUGCUGCUGAAGACGACCUGCGGGAGCAGCAUCAUGGCUGCGGGCCAGCCGCUCCUCAUCCAGCUGCCUUUAUCAAUGACUAAUGGCCAGGCAGGAACGCUGGUCAACAUCCCUGUCUCCUCUUUGUCUGCAGCCAGCUCACUCAGCAAGGCCAAAACCACUACUCCCACCGCCACUUUUAUACUCAAGCCUGCCCCCGCCCUGACCACUUCACCACUCUGUGCCCCGGCUGUUGCCACUGUCCCAGCGCUCCAGGCCUCCACUGGCCAGAUAUCCUCUACCCAGAUCUCUCUUGCCCGUGCUGUGUACCAGGGUGGCGCUGGGGGGAUAACUACACCCAACGCUGGGGUAUCCGUGACCACAGCCAGGACGCCGGCUCAAUCUGUGUCUGUAGCAGGAGCUCUGUCUUCAGCCUCUUCACCUGCAACCUCCGGGCCGGCAGCAACAGGUUCCACCGCUCCAGGACCGCCACAAGGGACGUCUCUGACAUCAAAGACAGACAACCAAGCUACAGGAUCCACUCCAUCCAAAGCAGCUGCUCCAGGGGCACGACCCAAAGGCUCUGUCAUUGAUCUCACUGAGGACGACGAUGAUGUACAAGUGACCGGAGUGAAGAACGCCACCGUUGCAGCUCCCUCACCUACCCAACGUCCUAACCCAGUCGCCAGCAUUCCCAAUAUUUUUUUUCUUUGUGCUCUGCCCUCAGGUGCUGGAGCAAGGUCGUCCCCGCAAAGCAGUCAGAACUCUUCCAGCAAUCCUCAGGUGACAGUCCACCACCGCCCCCCACUGGACUCUCCAGUGAAAGCCCGCACCGUAACCAAUAGUACGCCAACCCAACGGGCCUCCAGCAUGGUACUGCCCCCUCUCCCCGCUGCGCCCGCAGCUUCACGCCUACCCCCAGAGGCUGAGCGAUCCUCACCUCCUCAGCAGCCUCAGCUGAAGCUGGUGCCAAGUCAGACCGGUAUAGUGCUGUCCUGGUGUGUGGCAGAAACCGAUCGGACCUGUGCAGUUGUAGACAGCUAUCACCUCUAUGCCUUCCAUCAAGACAACUCAAACAGCAGCGCGGCGCAGCAGCACUGGAAGAAGAUUGGGGAGGUCAAAGCCCUUCCUCUGCCUAUGGCCUGUACGCUGACCCAGUUCCAGUCCGGCUCCACCUAUCAUUUCGCCGUUCGAGCCAAAGACAUCUAUGGGCGCUUUGGCUCCUUCUGUGAACCUCAGUGCACAAAUGUCAUCAAUCCCAGCUCUAGCUGAACAGUUAAGAAUUCAAUUUUUUGCAUUUGAAAGUUCAUAACUUCUUUUACUUCUUUUUUUGUGUUAGGAACUCAAAUAUUGUGCAUUGAACAACAUACAGUAUCUGUAAAUAUCUCUCUGCAUAACAACUGGACUUCUGACUGAGUUUGGAGGAUUGAAGAGGCGAACGGUUGGUUUUGUCUGGUUAAUGUACGUAAUGUAUUUUUUGUGACUCAAGCUGUUGUAUAUAAGUGAAUUACUUUACCCCUCUACCAAGUCAGAUAUUUAUGUUGUUGUCUCUUGUUACUCUGAUUCGGAUGACUUUUGCAUUACUUGAGAAUAGGUGACAGGAUUAUCCGUGUAAACUCAGAAUUGCACAGUAAUGUAUAAAUGUGUGGUAGAAACUGAAUGAUGACUUUUGUAAGUUUUGUCUGGCAACCAGACUUUGACAAACACAAUAAAAGGUUUUAUUAAA